GACAACGCCCCGACCGGACCGAAUUGAAACGGAACUCCGCCGCUCCGAUGGCCGGAAUAUUAGUGAUAAGAUAAGCAAAUUUUUGGUGAUUUAGAAGAAAAAGAUUUGGAAAUAUAAGCCCCAGAUUAAGUGAAAAACCAGAAAAGUACAAGUGUAAAACCAUGCGCUGGAAACUACUCCUGCUGCUGGCAUGUUCCGUAGCCGUGCUGGAAAGGACGGUUCCGGUGAAAGCGGACGAUGACGGUGACGUCAUCGUUGAAGAUAGUAGUGACAUAGUUCUCUCGGGCGAGGGUGAAAAUGUUGUGACUGAAGCAGAAACCGCGCUUCCUGAGAGUGCUGACAAUGAAGAUACGGAAGAUGUGAGUAAUGACGAUGAGGACACCAAGGUGGACGAAGAUGCCGUUGAGGUUGAUCCGGCAGGUUCCGAGAAGCCGGAGGGAAGGAAAGGAAAAUACUACAACUAUGAUGAUUUCCUGUCUAACUUGGAUAACUACGAUUCGACGUAUGACUGGAGCGAUCCCCAGAACCGCGUCCAACCGAAGGAUCCACCCAACUUCCAGACCGAUGGAUCCGCGUAUACGAUCACCGCCGCCCGUCUUGCCGAAAUUCGCCGACAAUUCCUCUACCCAUUCUACGACCGGGGCGGUCCGGAAAAUCUUGGCGAUUGGCAGAGUGACAUCCACGCAUCGAUGCCCCAGGUGCACAAAAACUUCAACUUCCAGCUUCCGUUCUAUGGUUUCCGCUUCAACUACACCCGCAUAUCGAUGAACGGUUUCCUGGAAUUUUCCGACCCACCGCCACACUACACCUACCCGCUGUCGUUUCCGAUCAAGGAUUGGCCCCGCCGUAACGAUCCGUCCUUCAUUGGUAUCUUCUUCUCCAAGUGUCGAAUCGGUUUGAUCUACGAUACGGACGUUGAUCAGCGUUCACCGGGAGUCUACUUCCGUAUGGAGCGUGAUCUACAGACCAGAACCGAUCGGCCCGGAGUGGAGAUGCGGGAACGUGUAAUGUGGGAUAUCCGUGAGGGUGUGGUUGGUUCGGAUACGUUCAUUCCGAAGCAUGUGAUUAUAACGACGUGGAAGAAUAUGAGUUUCGCCGGUGGUAUCGAUAACUCGCUUUACAAGACGAAUAGUUUUCAAAUGGUUCUGGCUACUGACGAGGUCUACACCUACGCUAUUUUCAAUUACGCGAUCAUCAAUUGGUCAUCACAUACCGAAGCAGGCGGUGAUACAACUGGUGGAGAAGGAGGUGUUCCAGCUUUUAUCGGAUUCAAUGCAGGAAACGGAACUCAGGCCUACGAGUACAAACCGUACAGUCAAGCUUCGGUACUGCGCGAUUUGACUGGUCGAGGUUGGGCGAACGGUUUCCCUGGACGGCACAUAUUCCGUCUUGACGAACGGAUUAUGCUUGGGACGUGUAACAAGGAUAUAGACGCUGCCCAUCUACCACUUGUGUUUGCUCCGGAGUCCGGUAAUAUGCUUGGCGGAACGGUUGUUAACAUUACCGGACCAUGCUUUAUGCCGAAUGAUCGUGUUGCCUGCCGUUUCGAUACGGAUGAAGUCAUCGGGAAAGUGAUAGACACAAAUCGGGCAAUCUGUGUGCAACCAUUCCUGAAGGCUCAAGGUUACAUUCGUUUCGAAAUAUCGGUUGGUACGGAUCGGUUCAAGUGGAGAGGACGUUACUUCGUGGAAACUCCGGCUACCGCGACAGACAGGAUUUUCUUCGAAUCGGAUGAUGUUCAUCGAAGGAGCCCUUCCGAGAUUCGGAUUUCCUGGAAUCGAUUCAAUUUGACAACUAACUUGAAUGCAAACGUGCAAAUUUCUCUUUGGGGGUACCGGGAGGCGACUAUUCGUCCGGAGCUAGAAUACAUCGACAUGAUUGAACCGCAGUUAACCAACACGGGAGCAUACACAAUUUCGCCAGCUAACUAUCGACUUCGGGACAACCCUCGGCAGGUAGACAUGCAGUUUGGAUUUAUUCAGAUCAAUCUCACCAAUCCGGAACAGUUCAACGGACUCGCCAUUUCACCAAUACUUUGGUCGAAACCAAUUCCUCUCGGUUGGUACUUCGGUGCACAGUGGGAGCGCAUCCAUGGAAGAAACUGGCCAAGGGCCCUAUGCGAUAACUGGCUUAUGACAGAUCGGUUCCUGCGAAAUUUUGCUCACGAGCUUCCUAUUUGUCCAUGUACGCUGGAGCAUGCAAUGUACGACAAGGGACGCUAUCUUCCAGAUCAGGAUUGUGACCGCGACACCAAUCCAACGUGUCUCCAUCAUCGAGGAGGAAUCCAUUGCGUACGAUCAGGUCAACCCUCGCCUCAAGGUUCCGAACAACAGUGCUGCUAUGAUCGUAACGGCUACCUGAUGCUUUCGUACGAUCAGAUGUGGGGAUCACGGCCACGUCGCAAUCACAACAUCGGUCAGAUGCCGUGGAACGAAGCGAACAAAGUUCCCACACUCUCAACCUGGUUCCACGACGUGCGGCCAUACUAUUCCUGUUGUAUGUGGCAGGAUGAACAGGCCGUUGGUUGUGAAACUUUCCGUUUCGAGCGUCGUCCUUCGCAGGACUGUAUCGCUUACCAGUCGCCAGCGGUGGGUGCCAUCUUUGGAGAUCCUCACGUUGUGACCUUCGACGGUCUACAGUACACUUUCAACGGUAUGGGUGAGUUCGUUCUACUGCGCGGUAACAACGGUCGUGAACGCGUUGACGUUCAGGGUCGUUUCGAGCAAGUAGCUCGCAACAUCCACGGACCGGUUAUGGCCACCCAGCUGACAUCGGUAGCUGCCCGCGGUAAUACCUCCACGAUAAUUGAAGUUCGUCUACGACCCCGGGAAGCUCAGUGGAGAUAUCGUUUGGACGUGUUCGCUGAUCAGCGUAGAAUCUACUUCGAUCGGCAGAGUUUGAAGUAUCAGCAUUUCCAUGGCGUUACCGUCUAUACUCCGACGUAUAUUUUGAACCAAUCGGAGGUCGUCAUCAUGUUCUCAUCCGGUGUGGGGGUUGAGGUGGUUGAAAAUAAUGGCUUUAUGACGGCAAGAGUUUACACACCGUGGAGUUUCAUAAACAAAACACGUGGUCUUUUCGGCAACUGGAGUUGGAACAUGGCAGACGAUUUAACCCGACCCGAUGGUACCGUUAUAGCACCCAAUUUGAACCAUUUCGGAGAUAUUCACAAUAACUUCGCGAUGCACUGGAUGCUAUCCGAUCGCGAGGUAGAAGGCGUUGGCCAAGCUCUGUUCACACGCGAAUUCGGACGAACGUCCAGUUACUAUGCGAACGCCUCAUUCCUUCCGGAGUUCCGUCGGGAGCCGAGAGACUUCCUACCGCCGAACCGAACACACGAUAUAGAACGAGCUACGGAACUUUGCGGCGAGAGCUAUCAGUGUCGAUAUGACUACGGAAUGACGUUGAAUCGGGAAAUGGCUCACUUUACCAAAAAUUACCAUGCUAGUGCCAUAAACAUACAGACUAUUAAUAAUGAGCGGACAAUAUCAUGCGGUAUCCUGGAAACUCCUCGAUUCGGGCGAAAAUCAAACUUCAUGUUCACGCCAGGUGCCCGCGUCUCGUUCGAGUGCAACGAAGGAUUCUUCCUGAUAGGGGACGCCCGACGCGUCUGUCGCGAAAACGGCCAAUGGGAUGUUCCGGAGUACGGUUUUACCGAAUGUCUCCGCAAAGUAUUCUAUACCCGCCGUACUGCUUGGAUCACAAUGGGCAUUGUUCUAGCUGUAAUGUUACCGUUGAUUAUGUGUAUCAUUUGUGGAGUAUAUUGCUUCCGCAAACGUAAGCUCAAGGACGAUCCGGACUGGCGUAUGCCACUUCCAUCUAGAUCGGGUUCGCGAGCUACCUUGCGCAAUCUGAACAGCGACGGCAGUGAGUACGAUGACAACACGAUCAAGAAGGUGCGCCGGUACGAUGCUACGUACAACACACACGAACCGCUACCCGGCAAACCGGACAUUCAAUUUGAACCGAAGAAGAUGGACCUGGAUGAAGAAGACAUCACAUCCUCGGAAGGAGGUGAAUAUAGAGAUAAAGUUGUAAAUGAAUUCCAAUAUUUGAACAUGGCUGAUCAAAAACAACUAGGUCGUCGGAGACUGACAACCGGCAAUGAGAACGGAACUGCAGCCGGACCGUCAAUGUUCAGCGAGGAUGAAGAAAACAACUAUCCGCCACCACCGACCGAGUCUCCUACGCAAGCCUACGGUGCCUACAGUCCAACGUUCAGUGGAAUCGAUCGGAACAGCAGUUUCGCUACUGAGGAAGCUUCUCCGAUCAAUCAGAGACGACCGGGAGCGUUCCCGGUAACGACACAACCCAAUACCAGCACAUUCUACGGCGGAGAACACAGUGGUCAACCGCUGGUUCAAAACGUGGGACUGCCGGUCAGGUUGGACAGUCGAUCAACCGAAGUCUAAAGUAAUCAUUUCCUUGACAAAAACUAACCUAUUUCACAACCUCCGAGAACAGUCAGGUAUUUUAUGACAUCACAAAUUCCGUCGUCGUCGUCGUCGUAUUAUUUUUACAGUUAGUGUGGUACUCCUACGAAGAGCUCAAGUAGAUAACAGGCAUUUUUUCUAAUGAUAAGGUUAAAUGUGUACUUAGCGAUAAGCAAAAUAAAAAUGAAAUCAAUAAAGCUAA